AUGUCGAUUCCUUUCUCCAACACAAACCUGCGCAUUCCCCGCGGGUUUGGGAACAUUCUGGAGGGACUGGCCAGGGAGGUCCUGAGGAAUCAGCCCGACGACAUCCCCGCGUUUGCAGCUCUGUACUUCAACGCCUUGCUGAAAGAAAGAGAAGAGAGCGGCACGGAUCCUGCAGAGUGGGGGGCUAAACUGGAGGACAGAUUCUACAACAAUCACGCAUUUCAGGAAAUAGAGAAAGACGCCAGCGCCGGUGCAGAGCAGGAACCAGCACCCGCGGAGCCGCUGAAUGAGAGCAGCACACCUGAGCCCCUAGGGAUUAUUGAGAGUGAAAUUAUCCGGCCAGUGCACAUCAAAACCGUCGCCACAGCAAACUUCGAUGUUUUCGCGGACCCAGGCAGAUAA